GGUUGAUAAUGUAGGUGUUCGCUGAAGUUGCUUUGCCGGUGCGCCACGUUGCCCCCUGAAGUGACAAACAGUCCGUCUUCGUUAGUGAGAAAAGAAAAAAGAUAAUGUCUGAAAAGCAGAACUUUUGCAAGUGUUAGCGUAUUUGUGACGCAACAGGACGUUUGCAGAGAUGUCCCAACAUCGUCAGGACCGUGUUGUGCCCGAAAGGGACCAAGGACCACAUCCUGUGCCUUUUACGACCCCUAGGAAGCAUCACAGUGUCCUGAGGGGCAUUCGAAAGCAUUUGGGAGGCCUCCAACAAAGGGACAUUGAUGAGUAUUUGUUGGAGCUCGAUCGAGAGCGGGUGGAAAGUCCUUAUUUUGAUGGCAGUUGGUCAUCUAGUGACGAGGACAUCACGUCCGAUGUCAGUGAUGACGAGUAUUUGCCCCCAAUGUCCGUAGGGGAGCCACAGCCUGAAAGUGAACUGGAGUUCAGUGGUUUCAGUGAUUAUGAGGGAGAGUCUGAGGAGGAGGAGGAGGCACCGAUUGUGGCUGGUAGGGACAAGACAGAAAGUGAUGGUGAAAGUGAGGGAGAUGGGCCAGUGGGGAGGGUGGGAGUGCGAAGUCGUGCCGCACGUGCGAGCGCACGGCCCCGUAGAAGGUCGCAACGUCGCGGCAGCUUAGGUGAAGGCAGUUCAUCCGAAGGUGAUGAGGGGUGGUUGGAGGACCCCACCCCACCUAACAUGCACCCAUUCACGGCAACCCCUGGGCUGACCGUCCCUGUGCCUCUCACUGCACUGGGGUUUAUUCAGCUCUUCCUGACGCGGGAAUUGCUGGAAUACCUCGUUGCAGAGACGGCAGAUUACGCUCGGUACUGCCGCGAGGAACUGCAGACAACGUUGUCAUAUCGCUGGCAGGGCUGCAACCUCAUGGACAUGGCGCAUUUUUUGGGGCUCCACAUUUUCUUUGGAAUUACACCUGCUGUCGACGUCAGGCAAUAUUGGAGGCGGAAUUUUUUUUUAAGUACGCCCAAUGUGCCCGACAUUAUGCCCCGUGAUAGUUUCCUGGCGUUGAACAGGUAUUUCAACGCCUUCAACCGAAGGGCCAUACCCCGAAAUAACCCCGACCGCCUCAUCUUAGUCCGCCCAGUGUUGGACUACAUUCGUGAGCGGUCCCAGUUUCUCGUGGUUCCUUCCCAGAACCUUUCUUUGAAUGAGGGGAUGAUGCCAUACAAAGGGCGUCUAAGUAUAAAAGUGUACAACCCCAAGAAACCAAAGAAAUAUGGUGUGAAGAUAUUUUUUAUUACGGAAUCCAACACUGGAUACGUUGUGGACUUCUCUGUGUAUUCCGGGGUCUUCUCCACGCUGCGUGACACUGUCUUCGGUCUUGUGGAUCGUUUCCGUAACCAGGGAUACCACCUGUUUAUGGAUAAUUAUUAUAACUCAGUAUCCCUGGCCCAGGAACUGUAUGAAGCAGGUGUGCACGUCAGUGGUACCAUUCGGUUGGUGCGUGGGGCCCCGAAUGUCCUCAAGAGGUUCGCUAGCCAGCCGCAACAUCUGGAUAGAGGAGAGACAGAGUGGCGGCGGAAGGGAGAUGUCUUCAUCAUCUGUUGGAAGGGGGUCCGACUCGUGCCCAUGAUUACGACAAGUUAUGAGCCCAUCCAAGAAGAGGUCGUUCAGCGGAAGAAGACACGUCGGCAGGGCCGAGUUACGUAUGAGGAGUUUCGUGUCCAACGGCCUACCGUCAUUGGGCACUACAAUAGGCACUUGGGAGGAGUUGAUCUCUUUGAUCAACUCAUCCAGUAUUAUCCCUUUGCCAGGAGAACCAGGAGGUGGACACAGAAGCUCCUCAAAUACCUCCUUCAGUUGGCCCUCCAGAAUGCCUACAUCCUUUACUGUGGGUACAAUUCCGACACCCAGAGGUUGUCCCACUUCCAGUUUCUCGAGGUGGCCGGGAAUGCCCUCAUAAACUUUAAUCCUGAGGAGUGGCCUUCCAACACUGCCCCCCUGCCCCGAGCUCCAGAUCUGCCCCUAGAGGAUAGGGCAGAUGUCGCUAGGAGGGCCAACCUCGGUCGUCCUGCUCCUGCCGACGCCGCCCAUGCUGCCGCCACCCUUGAUGAUGCUGCCCCUGCUGAUGCUGCCGUCGCUGCUGUCCCUGUCCCUGCUGUCGCCCUCCCUCACAUUCCAAUGUCCCGUCGGGCAGUGGACCGCCGAAGGGCGGCCCAUCUGCAGUAAGGGCGUGUGUCUCCCUCCUCUACCUAUACCUUGUCAUGUAGAUAGGAAAAAUGCAAGACUCUUCAAUGGAGGAGGGAGAAAACAAGAAUAGAACGAAAAGUCAGGAUUACGAGUGAGUAUUCUGCAUUGAUUUUAUAUUUAGUUUUAUGUUACAAGUAUUUAUAUAUCUGUAUUUAUUGGUGUUUUGUAUAUUUUGUUUUUUGCAAAAAAAGUUUUUCACCUGCAUUCCUUGUAGUUAUGUAUUCAUACCAAAAUAAAAAAAGAUAUGUGUAAAAUACAGUAGUACCUCGAGAUACGAAAUUAAUCCGUUCCGAGACGCCCUUCGUAUCAUGAGGUUUACGUAUCUUGGACCACAUUUUACAUGUAAAAUGGCUAAUCCAUUCCAAGCCCUCCAAAAACACCCCAGUAAAUUUCAUAAUAAAGCUAAAUUGACCUAUAAACAAUGAAAUACUACAACAAAUUGGACCAUUCAAUACCUAACUUAAUAACGUAAUGCAAAUUAACCUGUAAAUAAAGUGUUUUUAUACAUUCAACUUACCUGUCAGAUAUAUACUUAGCUUUAGACUCCGUCGUCCCGACAGAAAUUCAGAUUUCGCGGCACACGCUACAGGUAGGUCAGGUGAUCUACCCAGCGGCAGGAAUAGGAACCAUUCCCGUUUUCUCAUUCAGAUUUUUUCUGUCGCCGGAACUGUCAACAUUGUUGUUGGUACCUCCUGGCUGGAAUUCUUUUUUCAUCGCUAUUGAUCUUCUUGACCGACUUUUGGUGACGUACUUGGAUCGUUGUAUUGGCAUACGCUAUCGUGGACCGUUUCUUGAACUUGAUUUUGGAUUUUUCUAAGAAUGUCUGACUCGAGUGUUGUUGUGAGAUGUGUGAAUGAGGGCUGCAGGGUGAGAAUGCCGAAAACUUCGGUAGAUCCUCACUGUAUGCAGGCGUUGUAGAAAGUAUGAAUGUUCUUUUGCUAACACCUGUAAAGAGUGCGAGAGUUUAAGUGCAGAAGAAUGGAAGGAACUUACUUCUUAUACGAAGAGGCUAGAAAAGGAUAGGCUGAGGAAGGCUUCCAAAAGCCAUAGUAGAUCUAGGUCUAGCGAACUAGUAUCUAGCUUUCUAGCUUCUCCUGCUCAUACAUUGAUUAAUCCUUCUCCCUCUAUUUCUGCCCCUUCACCCAUUGCAAAUCCUACAGAUUCAGCAUCGGAAAUUGCAGAUCUGAAGGGUACCCUUCAAAGAAUGCAAGUCAAAAUGGCGGCAUUAGAAGGUAAGAGUGGUUGUGACGUAUCAGUGGACAGUGAUGUGAGUGUCCCCAGUGUAGUGGAGGGGGCGUCUGAUUGGCUCUACAACGCUCCCAGGUCUAGACCUUUCAAGCUCCCUGGCCCAGAGGAGAAGGAAUGUCGAAAGCCGCACGGAGGUUGUAGAGGUUCCUCACCGGUCAGACGUCCCUUCGGCAGGUUCUGUUACACCUCAGACUGCCAGGGAUCGCUAUAGGAAAAGCAUCCUUCAUGAGUGCUUCUCGUCUUCAGAGUCGCCUUCACCUAGAAGAGGGUGGAAAGACACGGAUCUUUCUCGCCCCUUGAAGAGGAGCUGGAAAGCGACUGCUCUUGACUCAAGUCCCGAACGCUUUCCAGAAGAAGCACCUUCGGUAAUCAAGAGAGCCAAGAGAGCCUUUUUGACUCCCAUUGCUGUAAGGGAGCCUCAGACGCCUUCCAGAUAGCCCUCCCCUCUUUCCGACAAGGACAGGGAUGCGACUACUACUACUCAGAUCCUACUAAAAAUGCAGGAACAGAUCUCCUCAUUAGUUGGAGUUCUCUCCAAAAAACCUCUUCGUAGGAAGGAUAACUCCCUUCCUAUCAAGAGGUCCGCUGGACGCUCAGAGGUUCCUCCCUCCAAACGAGAGGCACCAGAGUUCCGAUCUCCUGUUCCGCAUUCUUCCAGGAAGUGUGGAAUUGUGUCCGAGCUUCCUGAGAAUGUUCCGCCUUCUCCCAAGCAACUAGCUCCUAUAGAUGAGUGGUUUUCUUCAGACCUAGAAGAACCAUCUUUGUGAGAAGCGCCAGGCAGGAGGAACUUUCCGGGAGAGAGGAGCUUAAUAGGCGCGAGGAACUUUCUAGGCGCAAGGCGCCUUCAAAGCGAAAACAGACGGCCAAGAGCGAGGAGACUUCUAAGCAAGUGGAGCAUAGCAAACAGAAGGAUCCUUCCAUGGAACUAUCCAGGCGCACGGAACCUUCCACACUAACGGAACGUUCCAGGCGCGCGGAACAUUCCGAGCCCUUGGAACUUUCCAGGCGCGAGUCUCCUUCCAGGCGAGUGGAACUUUCCAAACGGGAGUCACCUUCCAGACGCGCGGAACUUUCCAGGCACGAAUCGCCUUCCA